AUGAUUGGGACCAGGUUUGGUCAAUAUGAUUGGGACCAGGGAACUGUAAACACAGGGUUUGGUCAGUAUGAUUGGGACCAGUGGACUGUAAACACAGGGUUUGGUCAAUAUGAUUGGGACCAGUGGACUGUAAACACAGGGUUUGGUCAGUAUGAUUGGGACCAGUGGACAGUAAACACAGGGUUUGGUCAGUAUGAUUGGGACCAGUGGACUGUAAACACAGGGUUUGGUCAAUAUGAUUGGGACCAGUGGACUGUAAACACAGGGUUUGGUCAGUAUGAUUGGGACCAGUGGACUGUAAACACAGGGUUUGGUCAGUAUGAUUGGGACCAGUGGACUGUAAACACAGGGUUUGGUCAAUAUGAUUGGGACCAGUGGACUGUAAACACAGGGUUUGGUCAAUAUGAUUGGGACCAGUGGACUGUAAACACAGGGUUUGGUCAGUAUGAUUGGGACCAGUGGACUGUAAACACAGGGUUUGGUCAGUAUGAUUGGGACCAGUGGACUGUAAACACAGGGUUUGGUCACUAUGAUUGGGACCAGUGGACUGUAAACACAGGGUUUGGUCAAUAUGAUUGGGACCAGUGGACUGUAAACACAGGGUUUGGUCAGUAUGAUUGGGACCAGUGGACUGUAAACACAGGGUUUGGUCAGUAUGAUUGGGACCAGUGGACUGUAAACACAGGGUUUGGUCAGUAUGAUUGGGACCAGUGGACUGUAAACACAGGGUUUGGUCAGUAUGAUUGGGACCAGUGGACUGUAAACACAGGGUUUGGUCAGUAUGAUUGGGACCAGUGGACUGUAAACACAGGGUUUGGUCAGUAUGAUUGGGACCAGUGGACUGUAAACACAGGGUUUGGUCAAUAUGAUUGGGACCAGUGGACUGUAAACACAGGGUUUGGUCAGUAUGAUUGGGACCAGUGGACUGUAAACACAGGGUUUGGUCAGUAUGAUUGGGACCAGUGGACUGUAAACACAGGGUUUGGUCAGUAUGAUUGGGACCAGUGGACUGUAAACACAGGGUUUGGUCAGUAUGAUUGGGACCAGUGGACUGUAAACACAGGGUUUGGUCAAUAUGAUUGGGACCAGUGGACUGUAAACACAGGGUUUGGUCAGUAUGAUUGGGACCAGUGGACUGUAAACACAGGGUUUGGUCAAUAUGAUUGGGACCAGUGGACUGUAAACACAGGGUUUGGUCAAUAUGAUUGGGACCAGUGGACUGUAAACACAGGGUUUGGUCAGUAUGAUUGGGACCAGUGGACUGUAAACACAGGGUUUGGUCAGUAUGAUUGGGACCAGUGGACUGUAAACACAGGGUUUGGUCAGUAUGAUUGGGACCAGUGGACUGUAAACACAGGGUUUGGUCAGUAUGAUUGGGACCAGUGGACUGUAAACACAGGGUUUGGUCAGUAUGAUUGGGACCAGUGGACUGUAAACACAGGGUUUGGUCAGUAUGAUUGGGACCAGUGGACUGUAAACACAGGGUUUGGUCAGUAUGAUUGGGACCAGUGGACUGUAAACACAGGGUUUGGUCAGUAUGAUUGGGACCAGUGGACUGUAAACACAGGGUUUGGUCAGUAUGAUUGGGACCAGUGGACUGUAAACACAGGGUUUGGUCAGUAUGAUUGGGACCAGUGGACUGUAAACACAGGGUUUGGUCAGUAUGAUUGGGACCAGUGGACUGUAAACACAGGGUUUGGUCAAUAUGAUUGGGACCAGUGGACUGUAAACACAGGGUUUGGUCAGUAUGAUUGGGACCAGUGGACUGUAAACACAGGGUUUGGUCAAUAUGAUUGGGACCAGUGGACUGUAAACACAGGGUUUGGUCAAUAUGAUUGGGACCAGUGGACUGUAAACACAGGGUUUGGUCAGUAUGAUUGGGACCAGUGGACUGUAAACACAGGGUUUGGUCAGUAUGAUUGGGACCAGUGGACUGUAAACACAGGGUUUGGUCAGUAUGAUUGGGACCAGUGGACUGUAAACACAGGGUUUGGUCAGUAUGAUUGGGACCAGUGGACUGUAAACACAGGGUUUGGUCAGUAUGAUUGGGACCAGUGGACUGUAAACACAGGGUUUGGUCAAUAUGAUUGGGACCAGUGGACUGUAAACACAGGGUUUGGUCAGUAUGAUUGGGACCAGUGGACUGUAAACACAGGGUUUGGUCAAUAUGAUUGGGACCAGUGGACUGUAAACACAGGGUUUGGUCAGUAUGAUUGGGACCAGUGGACUGUAAACACAGGGUUUGGUCAGUAUGAUUGGGACCAGUGGACUGUAAACACAGGGUUUGGUCAGUAUGAUUGGGACCAGUGGACUGUAAACACAAGUAAACACAGUUUACCCACCUUUUAUUUUGAGAGCGUUACUUUUUUCACGGCGGCCCGGCGAUCAGAGUUUACCCACAUCUUUCUCUUACCACUACAUCACUGAUUGGGACCUUACAAUGAUGAUUUAAGAGUCGACCUACCCCAUAUCUUAUUAAUAGCUUACAGGAGCAAGAUCGUCAGACUCAUGUUCAGAUUUUCAGCCUUGUAUAGUUCUAAACUGCACAAACCAGAGACACACAACCCCACUCAAUGUCCCUCACACAUUAGAUUCACUCAGUGAAAAACAAUAACCCAGAGAAAAAAAGCCUUUGGGAGGUUGUGGGGCGGUGUUGUGUGCUCCAUGGAGUUGAUCUAGAAAUCUUUCUCAGAUAUAUUUAUUUAUUUCAUUUAAAAAAUAAACUGUUUUCGCUUUGUCAUUAUGGGAUAUUGUGUGUAGAUUGAUGAGAAAAAAAUGUAUUUAAUCCGUUUUAGAAUAAGACUAACAAUUUCAUCUCAUUUUAGAGGCUGUAACAUAACAAAAUGUGGAAAAAGUGAAGGGAUCUGAAUACUUUCUGAAUGCACUUUAUCUUUCUCAGGGCCACCAUGAUCACAGCUCCAGUCCAGUUUGUUCCCAGCAGACUGCCACCAUGAACACAGCUCCAGUCCAGUUUGUUCCCAGCAGACUGCCACCAUGAACACAGCUCCAGUCCAGUUUGUUCCCAGCAGACUGCCACCAUGAACACAGCUCCAGUCCAGUUUGUUCCCAGCAGACUGCCACCAUGAACACAGCUCCAGUCCAGUUUGUUCCCAGCAGACUGCCACCAUGAACACAGCUCCAGUCCAGUUUGUUCCCAGCAGACUGCCACCAUGAACACAGCUCCAGUCCAGUUUGUUCCCAGCAGACUGCCACCAUGAACACAGCUCCAGUCCAGUUUGUUCCCAGCAGACUGCCACCAUGAACACAGCUCCAGUCCAGUUUGUUCCCAGCAGACUGCCACCAUGAACACAGCUCCAGUCCAGUUUGUUCCCAGCAGACUGCCACCAUGAACACAGCUCCAGUCCAGUUUGUUCCCAGCAGACUGCCACCAUGAACACAGCUCCAGUCCAGUUUGUUCCCAGCAGACUGCCACCAUGAACACAGCUCCAGUCCAGUUUGUCCCCAGCAGGACUGAGGCAAAGACAUUAGCAUGGAUCUGUCGGUCAGGUAUCACAAGGCUCUUUCUCAGGACAUCAAGGUCCAGAAUUAUCACGAUUCCUAAGUCAAUGUGGGUCUCGCCAGUGUUGAUUUGUAUGUCCCAAGGAGAAUGUCCACUGUACUCUCAACCUUACACCGUAUCAAGCAACCUGUCAGUUAAUGGUCCAGCAUUGAGACUGCUCUGGACACCAGUAAUGGGGUGGAAAAGAACACAAUGAAAGAAAGCUACCUAUCAGUGAUGAGACCUGUCUUUGAUUAACCCUGGAACAUUUCUCCUGUCACCACACUGAGGUUCUAGAGGUUCCACAAACAGACGUAUCGCUAUGAAGUCAAUCAACACACAGUAAAGCAUUAGAGGAUAGAUUCAACAUUGCCCAUUGAAGGAUUGAGAAUGAGAGGGUAUCUGGAGGACAGAGAUUGCACAGAAAAGGAAAGAAAAUGCAGACUCAAGACUGAUGGGAAGAUGACACACUUGCGCGUCGCUUGUGUUUAGGGGGAGUUUGGAUAGUUAUACAAUUUUUUAGAAAGAAAUCUGAAAAAGAACUGAAUGCAUGAUUGUAUCCCUCUUUUAAUCAAUAUUUUUCUUGGAAUGACUUUAAGCUGAAAUUGUCUAGAAAGUGCAAUGUAUCCACCGUUCACCUUUUUCCCCUUCAGUUUCAUUAUAAUACAUCUUUCAAACAUCAACACAUUUCUGACAUGUUUCCCAUUGCAUUUUAACAAUAGUUUGUUCCAAAAUAAAUGGAUGUAUUUUGUA